AUGGGGUCGCGCUUCAACUACGAGACCAACAAACCCGCCGUUGUGGUAACAACUUUUGUGCUUCUGGUUUCGGUCGUCCUGUCUGUCUCGGCGCGACUGGGGACCAAAUAUGGAUCAUUCAGGAAGCUCACCCAUGAUGAUCUCGCCAUCAUCGCGUCGCUUUUAUUUGCCAUCCUCCAGGAUGUCUGCAUAGCUCUGGCGGUGGAUUCUGGUUAUGGAGAUCACCAGACCGAUGUCUCCGAUGGUGACUUGGACCAAAUAAUGAAGAAACUCUUUGCAGCUUCCUUUUUCUAUAUCCUGAGCCUCCUGCUCUCAAAACUAUCCCUGGUCCUGUUCGUCCAAAGUGUAACGCCAUCAAUAAGAGAUAAAUGGAUCGCUCGAGCGGUCAAGGCCAUUCUCCUGGCCUGGGCAACUGUGGUCAUCUUCGGCACUGCGUUCCAAUGCUCCGUGCCGCACACGUGGGAUAUUUGGAAUGGCCAAUGCUUCAACCUGUUCGCAUGGCGCUAUUUUGUUGCAGCCUCGAACAUCGCUACCGAUCUUCUCAUCAUUGCCCAGAUACUGGUGCUGAUUAUCAACAUUCAAACGUCGAUUUCGCGCCGUCUGACGUUUUUCGGUAUCUUUGCGCCUAGGAUUUUUGUGGUAAUCGCAGCCAUGGUCGAGCUCAUACUCCUGAGGCAAUCCACGUAUACGAACGACCAAACGUACCGCAUGUACGAUCUCACCAUUAUCAGCGUCGUCAUCCAAUGUGUCAGUAUUGUGACGGCAUCCUGGCCCCAACUGAUGCCUUUUCUCUCCUGGAUGCAAUCCAACGGGCUCCGGCUCAAUAAUGCCCAAGAGAAGUCUUCAUGGUCGUACAAUAUGACCGUGCAAUCGCAAAUCCAGACGAUUUCGCAGGACCGAAAGAGCAAAAGCCGCAGAGCCUUUGCUUCUACGGUGCGCCGAGAUCAGAUCCUCGUCACGCAGGAGUGGGAUGUUCAAAGCCAAUCGAGCGCUGCACGCAUAAUCAGGGAAGAGGAAGAUGAAUUGUCGCACGGUUCCAUGCAGGGCUCAAGCGACCGAAGCAGCUAG